CCCUAAAGCUAGUUUCAUUUCUCCCCGCUCCAGAGUCACCCUACAGAAUUCUCUUCCUUGAAGGUUCCUGGAAAGGGUCGCGAUGGCCGAGCUGCAGCUGACCGAGGAGAUGACCUGUUCCAUCUGCCUGGAGCUCUUCCAUCAUCCCGUCACUAUCCCGUGCGGCCACAACUUUUGCUCACCCUGCCUAAACGAGACGUGGACCGUCCAGGGCCCCCCGUUCUACUGCCCACAAUGUAGGACAAGCUUCCUGACGCGGCCACAGCUGCAGAAGAACACGGCGCUGUGCUCAGUGGUGGAUCAUCUGCAACAAAUACAGAGCCGCCAGGAAUUGGGGUCCCUCUGCGAGGAGGCCAAACGUGGCGAGAGCUGGGACCUGCCGUCGAGGAAGGAGGGGCAGGGGAAGGAAGCGGAGGCUGUGUCUGUGGCUUGCGACCACUGCCUGCAGGCUCCAGCAGCCAAGACGUGCUUCACUUGCAUGGCAUCCUUCUGCCAGGAACACCUCCGGCCACAUUUGGACAAUCCCGCGUUCCAGGGCCACGCGCUGCAGCAGCCUGUCCCGGACCUGGCCCGUCGCAAGUGCGCCGAGCACAGUCGCCUGCGGGAAUUCUUCUGCCCCCAGCACGGUGCCUGCAUCUGCUGUGUCUGCCUGGUGGGGCACAAGACCUGCUCCCCGGUGGCCCUGGACAUUGCCAGGAACGACCUGAAGUCCAAGAUGAAGCAGAAGCUGACAACUGCAUAUGAUGAUAUUAAUAAGGCUUCAAGCGCAUUGAAAGAUGUCAAGUUGAAACAACUUGCUGUGCAGGAAACAGCUGCCAGAAAGAUAGACUUGUUGAAACGUGAAUAUGAAGAAAUGAAAACCCUCAUUGAAUCAGAGGAGAAGAGAGCUCUGCGGAAGCUGAAAGAGGAAGAAAAGAGAGUCUUGGACAAAUACGACUAUGUCCAUCAGGUCCUACUCAAGAAAAAGAAGGAAAUUGAGUUUGUGAAAGAAGAGAUUGAACUGUUGCUCACAAAAGAUGAUGAGAUUGCCUUUUUAGAGAAAGCCUCAAAACUACAAGAAAUUCUCAUCAAGUCUGUGUACGUACCAAAGAAUGAAUUAAACCAAGAGAUGAUCAAUGGUGUAUAUCAACACGCAUUCUCCCUUAAAGAGGCAUUGAAACAUAAUAUAACCCACCUUCAAGAGAAGAAAACAGAAGAGGCAACUAGCUCAGAUGACUCUGGAAAGCCUUCAUCUUCCUUUAGACCAGCAUAUCCCACCAAAGAUCAUUACCAAACAAGACGGAUCCAGAAAGGGGACAAACCACAGCCCAAGGCACAGGGAUACCAGCAGGAGAAAAGUGGAGUUACAGAACAGAAACAGGAAAAGAAACCUAGAACAUCUACCCCUGUUCCUGCAGCGACCCCCAGCCAGAAACCUAGCCUGGGAACCAUGCCAGACUUGGCAGAUUUAAAAACAGCCCUCUCAGAUACUACAGAAAAAGGUGCGGCUGCCUUACCAAAGAACUCACCGACUCGGAAGACACAAAUACUAGAAACCUUCUUAGCAAAAUCCAGACCAGAGCUCCUGCAAUAUGCUACUCAAGUGGUUCUGGAUUUCAACACUGCCCACAACAAAGUGGCUUUGUCGGAGAAUUACACUGUCGCAUCUGUGGCCACAGUCCCCCAGAAUUACCGACCCCAUCCCCAGAGAUUCACUUUUUGCUCUCAGGUGCUGGGUCUGCAUGGUUAUAAGAGGGGAGUCCACUACUGGGAGGUGGAGCUGCAGAAGAACACAUUCUGUGGCAUUGGCAUUUGCUACGCCAGCAUGGAUCGCCAGGGUCCUGACAGCCGCCUGGGCCGCAACAACUCCUCCUGGUGUGUGGAGUGGUUCAAUACCAAGAUCUCCACCUGGCACAAUGAUGUGGAGAAAAACCUGCCCCUUACCAAGGCCACCAGGAUUGGCGUGCUCCUGAAUUGCGACGAUGGCUUUGUCAUUUUCUUUGCCAUCACAGACAAAGUCAGCCUGAUCUACAAGUACAAGGUGGAAUUUUCAGAGGUGGUGUACCCUGCCUUUUGGGUAUUCUCGAGUGGCACCACUCUCUCCAUUUGCUCCCUGAAAUAAGUCAUUUCACUCAAAGGGUGAGACCUAGUGUUCACACUAUGUCCAACUUGGGUUAUAUCCUGUGCUGAGUUCGAAUAACUCUCCUCUUUGAGCUAAGAUUGAUUGAUUGUAGGAGAAACUUCCUUCUCUGAUACCAUGAUGAUGUUCUUGUUUGGAUAAUUUUAGAGAUAAUUCUGUGUGAUGUUUGGAAAUGGAUUUGGGAUGGGGAAGAGCAUUCAUGUUGCUAGUGGAUGGUACUUGGGGUGAAUUUUAAAACCUAAAAUCACAUUUUCUUUAGGUGAUGUGACAUCUCAAAGUUGUAUAGGCCAGUGCUGGUAAUAGCAGGCCACUGGGCAGUUUGCACAGACUUAGAGCACUGCUACUCAUUCCCAAACCCCAGAGAAGUAUAACUAGUACAGGCUGUCCUACAGGCUGCCAGGUACAUGCCUUAUUGGGUAUGCCCUGAGGGUUGGGUUUAAUUCAUGUGCUAUACUAUCCCCUGCCAUUUUUUCUUCCCCUAGCCCUAAUGCUCCUGAUCAUCUUUGUCUCUCUGUAUUAUUUUUUUCUUAAGUGUUGUAGGAAGAGAAGCAUUCAAGGCUGGAAUCUUGAUUGCCAACCUUCCUCCACACCUGCUAACCUCACAACUUAUAAUUCACAAGUGAAAGAGUUUCAAGAGAUUUGCUAACUAGUCUUGUGUUACUUGGUAAAAAUAGGGAAGAAGGGGCUUGUAUAUUUUCAUGUUCUAAGAAAAGAAAUUCUUCAACAUUUCUUUACCAAAGAACCAAAAUUAAAAAAAAAAAUCAUUUUUUUCUCACUGUUGGUAGUUUUUAAAAAAACUUUUCCUUUCUGAGAAAGUAUCAGAGUCUUAGAUAUGGCUCUGGAAGCGAUUGUAAAGAUCAUUUAGCUCAAUCCCUUUAUUUUAUAGAUAAGAAAACUGGGAUCCAGUUUACAUUUGACUUCCUCAAGGUCAUACAAAUUGUGUGACCAGAGCAAAGAUUUGAGCUCCACUUUUCUGGCUCUAAAAGCAAUGCUCUUGCUACUGCUGGCAGAAAUAGAGCCUGUCACUGUAUUUGCCCUCUCUUCAGGUGAGAAUAAUUAUUUUCCUUUCUGAUAAUCCUUUAAGAGCAUUCCUUGAUCAAUCCAAGACUCUAAAACCAGGUCCAAAAUGAGCCAUCGGGCUUUGGAAAGAUCUGACUACCAUUCCCUUUCCUGAGGCUCACUGAGACCUUUCCUAUCAUGGUACAUGUUUACAGAAGGAGAAAUAGCACUGGUGGUGUUGAUUAAUCCAGUCUCUUGGAAGCUUGUUAAUCUUCCCUCCUUUCAAACCUGAAUUUGUUUAGCAUGAUACCAUGGUUUUGCCGAAGUGUUUCUCACAUCUUCGUUUGUGAAUAACUCAUUUUUGUCUGUAUUUCCUCAAUGGGCUAAUGAGUUAUUGGCAGUAUGUAGAUGCAAGUCUAGACACAAACCAGGUGUGCACAAUGUCUGAAUCUUCCACAUGACUGUGUCUCGUAAGAGACUGCAUCCUGAUGACUUUGGGAGGCUAGAAAGAACACGUACUUGGGACUUUAAACUAGACUCCCUUGAAGAGUUAGACAGUUCAUUCAUGUUGAGGCCACUGGGUUCAUAAAUUUAGAGCUUGAAGUCAUUGUAGAUGCUGUGAAGUUCACCCUCAUUUUAUAAGAUGAGGAAACGGAGGCAUGUAGAGGGUGUGACUUAUGUAGCUACUUAAGUGCCAGAGGCAGACUAUGAACUCAGAUCUUUCCUGAAUUUCAAGUCUAGUGCUCUAAUUUUAUACCACAGGGGUCUCUAGUUUUUUCUUUUUUAUUCUUCCUCUUUGAAAUUUGGUUGUCUAUGUUAGUAGGUUAGCAUUCCCCCAACUAAUUUGGGCACAGAAUGCUCUGGGGCUUGAAGUGUUAGCCUGGGGGGAAAUUAGGGAUUUGGGAGGAUCACAAGGAAAAUAAUUGUGAAACAAAAAUAGAGGAAAUUGUCAGUUUUCAUUAUUGGGGAAUUAUUGUCUUUAAUAGGUAUUUCGGAUACAUAGAUGUUUUCACACCUAAUAUAUACAUUUUUUGAGGGGAAAAUAUUAUCUGUGGAAGCAUCUCACAGAAACCUCUAUCCAUGUCCCAUGUAAUAGAGUUUAGUCUAAUAACUUGCACAAAACCUGUCAUAAAUAUAAAUGACCUAAAGUAAUGGCCUGGGUUUUGUGGAGUAGUUAGGCAUCAGGAUCCCAAGGGAAACUGUUUUUACUCUUUGGACACUGGAAGGAAAGUUCUGGAGUCACCCUCUCAUCUUUUAAAGCCCUUCUUAGGUCCUCUGGGACAGAAGGCUUGCUCUGAGACUUAAUUUUAGAAAUCCCUGGAUCUUAAGGACAGACAAUCUGUCCUCUUCUCUCUUUCCCCGAGUAUGGUGGCAGAGUUGUGUCUUAGCAAGAUCUGCCACUAUUUCUCUUGAUAGUCACUCUGUGAGAGAAUAAUAAAGCAGAGUUACUCUUUACAAGAGAUUAAUCGAAAAAAUGGUUGAAACUAUGCAUAAGGAUACCUUAGGAAGUUCUCUUGGGACAUACAAAAGUUCACUUAGUUCCUGUUCUCCAAGAGAUUUAGGUGGGAGAAAGAAGACCUCUAGGUCCCCUUCCUCACUUUCCCUCCUCACUUUAGAGUGAUAAAUAGGAAAUGUAUGUAGCAUGGGGGGAAAAUGCUUCAGGAGGAGACAAGCCUGAGGACAAAUGAGAGGGAGGGGACCACUCUAUGUCAACCUCCUUAAGCAAGAAAAUAGUACAAGAUCCGAUUUCUCUAAUAUUUUUCUGACCCAAAGUGUAAAGGGCAGAUAAAGCUCCAAGAAAUAUGUUUUUCGUUUGUUUCUUAAAUAUCACAUCAAGCAUACUCCAGCAUUUAGGAUCUAAGUUUUAGGAACUUUGCCAACUCAGGGCUUUGAGCUAUUGUAAUUAUACUUCUAGCUUUUCCUUGAAUAUAAAUGCCAUAAAGAAGCAGGGGCUGGGGUCAUGGAGGCCUGAGGGACUAUCAUAUAUAGUUCUAUGCUUAAGAAUCAAGUUAAUUAUUGUAACAAUAUGUGACUGAUGCAGGAGGAAAGGGCUGUACAAUUAGCUGUCAGCUAAUUGUACUCUCCACAUUACCACCCCACAAUGAUUAAUGUUAUGAGUGGGGGGCAAAAUGUUGCAUACAUUUUUGUUGAGUCACUUUAAUCACUAUUGGUUGUUUUUGCCUGGUUUUCCUUAUUAUGCAUUACUUAGCAAAAUAUAGCAAAAGUUACAAGCUAAUAGGAUCACAAAGGUAGAGCUAGAAGGGUCCUCAGAAACCAUCUCAUCUAACCUCAUUUUGCAGGUGACACCGGGGCCAGGGAAGUGAAACAAUUUGUCCAGGAUCACAUAGACAGCAAGUGUUAGAGGUGGGAUUUGAUUCCAAACUGAACUGAGAUCCCGGUGCUCUUGCCAUUGUCCCAUGCUGCCCCCAACAUGUUUUUGCCUUUGAAUUCCCUGUACACAUGGUUAAUGUUUUAUAGAUGCUUUCUGUUUUUCAUCAUUGAUAACUUUGAGAUGGAAUUGUAGCUCAUGAUGUAUCCUUAAUCUGCACCCUACCAUUGAGCUCCAUUGAAAAUUGUAGAGGCUAUCGGAUCUUAUUUUUCAUGUCCCAUGGAAAAUAUCAGUUCUGUGAUUGUCUGAUAUAAACAUGGUCUAAAUCAAUGGUUCCUUUUGAAACUAAAUCCAAUAAAAUUACAUCAAAAUAGAAUUCAAUAAAAUUGUGUCCUAUCAUGUCACAAA